AUGGCUGCGGCCUUGGGCCCCCUCGUUGAUGAGCUGAUCUACACCGUCACGAAAGUCCCUGCUGAUCGGAAGGCAAGUGGAGAUUUCACGCGCGUUGUGAACCUGAAAAGACGUGUUGGAGCUGCUUUGCGUCCUGGCGCUCAUGGUCUCACUGAUCAAUUUGUCGUGGCACGCCAACUAGAAGGCCUGAAAGAGAAAUUUCAGGUUGUGAAUCGAGAUGACCUAGCCGGAGCUUUACAUGAGCGCCUCCUCGAGCUAGAGGAGAAUCGCAGCUCAUGGAAACCAGAAAUGCUCAGCCUGCUUUUGCAGCUCUCUGAUCGCCCGGCCACAUUGUCUACGCUUGACAAUCUCUCAAAGCCAGUAGAGACCUCUGACGAGAAACCACUAUCGUUAUCGGACUUGAAAGAAUUAGGCGGCGCUUUCGACGAGGAAGACAUUUGGGAGCCAGUGGAUUUUGCUGCGGAAUCUUCAGAUGAUGAGCUGGUUUACGUAUCUAGCGAGGGAUCGCAUCCGCCUGCCAUGCCUCGGACGCCUAGCAUCUCUGAAGACUACGUCAUUCCAGAUGAGGUGUUCGUGUCAGGAGAGGACAGGGAACUGAUCUCUUCCAUAGAGAAAGUUCAGUUCUGGAAACCGGAAAAUAAUCCUCUGAUCGCUCGAGACAAAGCAAGUGCAACGCGAGCUGUGACCGAAUUACAAUUUGCCAGAGAAGUCAUCUUCAUGCUUCAGGGCUUGCCAACAUCCAUUUUCUGGCGUCUGGAUAAUGAGAUUGAGGUCGACCGCAGAUACACGCUUGCCCAUGCAUCAUCCGACGCCAUUUUGUCUCUGCUGGAUGGGUUUACACACAUUGGAUCUCAAUUAGAUAUGGUGCGCGUGUUCUCCCGCCUUCCGCAGAAAAUCCCUUAUAUGCAGACGUUCAGCCGAGGCCUCGAGGAACUUCUGCUCGAAUACGAUGGGUUCCUCUCUCAAACUCAAUGCCAAUAUUUGUCUCCUGGCGAAACAAUCAGCCUUCUCCAAUUAUAUGAUGAUGCGCGGCCUCGUGCUCACCAUCUAUUGCUGCUGGCUAACCUGAUUUCCAAAUUGAGCUACAACGAAUCACAGCCGAUGCUGUGCCUUGAUUCUCUCUUUGACACAGUGUGCAUGCUUGAAGCACUCGGUGAUGAGAAAACCUCGGAAGUACUGGCUGCCUUGUUUUUCUCCUGCUUUAAAACAUAUACGCGAUCUAUUCAGCUUUGGAUGGAGACAGGACAAGUCGAUCCGCUCGACAGUGCUUUCUUCGUACAAUUGAAACAAGAGAAUGGCGACUUGCGCACACUGUGGCACGACUGGUAUGUACUGGACGAGGGAUUCCAGCGACAUAAUAUCCCGAAGUUUCUGGAGCCAGCCGUCAACAAAGUAUUUACGACAGGAAAGAAUAUGGUCUUUCUAAGACACCUCAACGCUCUCCCAGAUGAUACAGAGCCUUCUGAACAACCUCCGAGUACAUUCAACGAUAUCAGACUGUCGGAACCAUCCUUGAUGUGUCUUCCAUUCUCUGCACUGGUAGAUGCGGUAUUCGAUAAACUGGUCAACGCCAACCAUUCUGUCAGUGCAGCCCUAUUACGAUCGGAACUUGACGAGCAGUGUGACCUUUGGGGCUCCCUUGAUGCUUUGGACCUCGUGUAUCUCGGCAAAGACCUAGGUAUAGUCGGAUCGGUCGAUGCCAAGAUCUUUGAAUUGAUGGAUCGUGGCCGGGCCUGGGAUGAUAAGUUCCUGCUCACUGAGUCCACAAGAUCGGCGUUCAGCGUCCUGCCUGAGAUCGACCCGACGAGGCUAGUUGUGCGCUCUGAAGGAUCCUCACAGCAUGACUCUCAAAACCAAGCCCGAUCAGUCCGCAACCUCGAAUCAAUUUCAAUCGACUACCUCCUCCCAUGGCCGGUGGCGAACAUCAUCACCGAAGACGCCGUCCAGUCAUUUCGGCGGAUUGCCACCUUUCUCAUGCAAAUCAGACGAGCGAAAUAUGCACUUGUCAGGCAACGCGUGCGAGACGCCCGCAUGCAAGUCGAUGACACCAACCACACCCUCGUUCACGGCCUCCACCAUAAUCUCUUAUGGUUCCUCGACAUCCUCUACUCACACCUUACCUACCUAGUCAUAUCGACCGCAAAUCAAUCACUACGCUCUGACCUCUCGCAUGCUAAGGAUGUCGAUGCCAUGAUUGCCGCUCACCAAUCCUACAUGUCCUCUCUCGAAAACCAAUGUCUCCUUGCAAAGAAUCUCUCACCAAUCCGUGAUGUUAUCAUCGACAUUCUAGACCUCUGCGUCUAUUUCGCAGAUUUACAAGCUGCGCACGCGUUUGAGAUAUCUGCUAUUCAAGAUGACUCCCGCUUUAUCCCAAGUACAUCGCGACAACACGCUGGCGAUGAUCAUGAAUUUGACAGCGAUUCAGAGGAUGAAGAUGAUGGUCUAGACCAUGAACAAACUAUGACCAUAUCCUUUAGGGAAUCGCCGUUUGACUUGCGUCUACGAAACGUGAAGGGUCAAUUUGAUCAUUUGCUUGCUUUUGUUGCGGAUGGGUUGAAGGGUAUCGCUCGUGCGGAGGGGCUUCCUAGUUGGAAUAUCCUGGCGGAAAGGCUGGAGUGGAGGAAGAUUUGA